AUGUCGGCGGAAGCUAUCAGCGUGACAGUCACUUACGGUUCUUCGAAGCACAGGAUCACAGUCACCAGUCAAGAGGAUGGCAAGAGCCCCACUGUCAAAGACUUGUCAGAUUGUCUCACUCAGCUCACAGGAGUUCCUCCAGGCUCUCAGAAGCUCAUUUUCAAGGGCAAGUCGCUGAAGGACUUGGAGCAGACGCUGUCCAGCCACGGGAUAAAAGACGGAUCCAAGCUCAUGAUGAUUGGAAAACGGAACAGUCCAGAAGAGGAAGCUGAGCUAAAGAAGCUAAAAGAAAUUGAAAAAUCAGUGGAGCAGACGGCUAAAAAGCUCGAGAAGGUUGACGGAGAAUUGACUGGACUCAAGAACGGCUUCCUUGCCAAAGAUCUUCAGGCUGACGCUCUCGGCAAACUGGACCAUCGAGUGAAAGUCGCGGCUGAACAGUUCAUGAAGAUCCUGGAGCAGAUUGAUGCUCUGAGCGUCCCGGAGAACUUCAACGACUGCCGUAUGAAGAAAAAAGGCCUUGUAAAGACAGUGCAGGACUUUCUGGCUCAGUGUGACAAGAUUGAGGCCUGCAUAUCAGACCACUUGACGAAGAUCCAGUCAAAAAAUCUGGCGCUGGCGGAGUGA